AUGGACUCGGACGACGACGGCCACUCGGCUGGUCUGUCCUCGCCCUGGCUGGCCUCCUUUUCUACUGGCUCCACCUCAGUCUCGGCCGCCUCGUCCACCACCGGCUUUGCGCACACGGGCCAGCUGUCGCCCGUAAGCAACGGGAACAGCGUGGAUCUGCCGUGUGGGCCCGCCAGCAGCGCCGCCGACAGCUCCGCCAAUCUCGCGUCUCCGUCUCCGUCGCCGAUCAUGGCCGCCGUCGCCCACUCGGCAUCCUCCUCGGUCCGCCAUCCGCCAGCGUUGCUGGGCCGUGCCGGCUUUGGAGAUGCUGAUGCCGCCGACGGAAUUUCUCGGGAUGUUGUUUGGGACGAGAUGCGGGAGGCGGGGGAGGCGGGGGAGGCGAAGGAGGCAGGUUUGGAGGACGAGGAGGCCGCUAGCAAGCUUUCAGCGGUUCCAAAGCUAGAACCGCUCGAGGACGACGACUUUUGCAUGGGGGAUCUCCAGGAGGCUCCCCCGGGCUCCAUCCAGACGCACGAGAGCGCUCCACAGGGCGUGUUGGAUCAACCCAAGCCGAAGCGGCCACGAGGACGACCGCGGAAGCACCCUCUCGUCCCAAACAUUGUCCCCAACAAGGUCACCAAGGGCCGGUCGAAGACGGGAUGCCUUACGUGUCGAAAGCGGAAAAAGAAGUGCGACGAGGCAAAGCCGCGUUGCAUGAAUUGCGAGAAGAAUGCGGUCGUCUGCGAGGGUUACCCGGAGAAGCAGAUAUGGAAGAGCGGCAAGGAGAGGGCCGAGGAAGCACGCCUCAGGUCCCGCGGCUUCCCGUCCAUUACCAUGCACCCCCUCUUCCCUGGCCUGGAGACGCUGGAGGAUAGGAUUUUCUGGAAGCACUACAACGAGCAGCUCAGCACCGUGCUUACCGUGGAAGGAGAGCACAAGAACGCCUUUAAGGAACUGAUGGUGCCGGUUGCCGUGCAGCACCAGGGCCUUAUGCACUCCAUCCUGUCGCUGGCCAGCAAGCACAUCGACUUCGACACACCCUACGGCCUCAGUGUCUUGAAAAACAACACCGGGACGAGUCUCGAGGCGCUGAAGGAGCGCUCCCGUUACCAUCACAACCAAGCCCGGCUCCAGUUCUACAACAACAUCGAGUUCACCAAGCGCAAACAAACGCCAGACGACAGGAGCCUGAUGGCUGCCCGGUACGGCCAGAUGCUCUGUUUUCUCAUCGAAGCCCUCGUCGAGGGCAGCACACGGGGUGAGCACCGGCUGCACCUAACCGUGUAUCGCAGUCUGAUUUCUACUACGCCCCCCGGAGACUCGGCCUUUCUGGCCUUCAUCGCCGAGUUCUUCCAGUACCACAUCUUCGCCGAUGAGCUCAUCCACUCUGUCGUCGGGCAACCUGGCCGCCCGCCACCCAAGCCUCUCCCGCCGCUCCCUGACAUCCAAUCGCCCAGGUUGUUGGGCGUCGCCGACGGCCUGCUGGGAUACUUGGCCGAGAUCACGGCGAUCCGGAACACGAUUCGAAAUAGGAUGCUGGCGCAGACCGACUUGGUCAUCGACUACUACGAUCUGUAUCCAGCCGUCGACAUCGAUGCUGCCAUUCAGCAGUGGAUGCCCCUUUGGCCGCCGGGAGACAGCCGCGACCUGGUCAGUCUCCUCUACAAGCAGAUGAUGUGGAUUUACCUCGACCGGACCGUCUACCCACCCUCGGCCUCGCCGCCGCCGUCCGUGGCACCCUCCGCUCAGUCUUUGCCUCUCGGUCCUCAUAGCUCUCCCUCCCUCAGCCGGCAUGCUCCGUCGGCGGUGAACACGCCGCCCCUGUCUGCGACGACAAGCCGCGCCUCAUCACCGAGGCUCGCAAGUUCCGUUCCCGGACCUAACCGUCCGAACUCGCAAUCGGACCCGUCGUUUCCGCCGCCAGGGCCCAGCGACGAUCCCGGGGACGACGACGGCGGAGGAGAAUCGCCGGCGGCCGCCCGCAGCCGCCCCGGAUCCCCGCCGCCGGCCCGCCAGCCGCCGCGGCUCGACCCGCGCGUGACGCUCGCCGUCGACGAGUCGCUGGCGCUCCUGGAGCUGUUCAAGCCCAGCGACCCCUGCCAGCGGCUGCUGCUGCUUCCGUGCUUCCUGGUCGGCACCGCGUGCUUCAGCCCCGCGCAGCAGCGGCGCGUGCGCGCCGCCAUCCGCACCGUCCGCGGCUACACGGGCCUCCGCAACGCCGACCGCGUCGCCGAGCUGCUCGAGGAGGUCUGGCGCCUGAUGGCUGCCGGCGACUGGGUCGCCGCCUGGGACUGGGCCGGCGUCGCGCAGCGGAUGGAGCUCGAUUUCAUACCUGCCUGA